UCAGUGCAGAGCUGCGACAUGUACGGACCAGAAACCGACGAAGAAAAAACGUGAAAAUGCGCCUCGGCAGUGCUUGGCUAGCGCUUUCCCUGCUCCUCAUCCUGGAGUCAGCACUGGCGGCCAAUAUAUUGGCGAUUUUUCCGUACCGGUUUCCCUCGCCAUUCAAGCUGGUCAAUCCCCUGAUGCGAGCCCUCACCCAGCGCGGCCACAAGGUGACGAUGAUAACGCCAGUGAAUAUGCCGAGUGACAUCGAGGGAGUCCGUCACAUUCGAGUGCCGAUGCUGGACUUCCAAACUCAGGAACUUAUUGACUCCGAUUUGCUUAUGGAAUUCCUUUCAAGCAAAUGGUCCGAGAGCUAUCUAACCUCCAAGGCUCUGUACAACAUCUCUUACGCGAUUCUGAGCGACACAGGAGUCCAACAGAUGCUUCGGAACAGCAGCGAACAGUUCGACAUAAUCACUCUGGAGACUGUGCACAUGGAUGCCCUUUUUGGGCUGGCUGGAUUCUACAAUGCUCCGAUAAUGGGCAUUUCGGCUGUGAGCAUCAAUUGGGCGGUAGACUACCUGGCGGGAAAUCCCUCGCCCAGUGUCUAUGAGCCCAUCUCGCCCGCAGGAUAUUCUUGGGACAACUCCCUGCUGAGCAGGUGGUACAACUGGAUCUACAUAACCGAGGAACAGCUCGUAGAGCACCUGAUCUACCGGCCGGGCCAGCUGCGGCUCUUGAAGCAGUUCUUCGGCUAUCCCCCCGAGAAGCUCAACGACCUGCGGGCCAGGUUCUCAGUGAUAUUGAUGAACAAUCACUUCAGCAUGGGCCGUGUGCGAGCCAAUGUACCCAACAUCAUCGAGGUGGCAGGACUGCACCUCAGCGAGCUCCCAGAGCCAUGUGAUGAGGAGCUGCAGCGUUUCCUCGACGAGGCCGAGCACGGCGUCAUCUACUUCUCGAUGGGCAAGGAGAUCCUGGUCAGGUUCCUGCCCGAGACCAUGCAGCAGCUACUGGUGCAGACCUUCUCCAAGCUGAAGCAGCGCAUCGUCUGGAAACGAGAGGUGGAGACGUCGGGUAAUAGGUCGCAUAACAUCUACACUAUACAUAAGCCUCCACAGCGCCAGGUGCUGGGCCAUCCGAAUGUCAAGCUCUUCAUCACCAACGGUGGACUCCUCAGCACCAUAGAGGCGGUUCACAGCGCAGUGCCCAUGCUUGGGCUGCCCGUCUUCUUCGACCAGUUCGGCAACAUGAGGCGCAUGCAGAUGGUCGGCAUAGCUGAGAGCCUCGAUAUCAACACCCUGACGGUGGACUCAUUGACCACCACCAUCCGGGCCCUGAUCGAGGAUCCACGCUACGCGCGUAAGGCCAAGGAGCUAUCGCAGUGCUUCAAGGAUCGGCCCAUGAGUCCCCUGGAUACUGCCGUCUGGUGGACGGAGUACGCCCUACGGCACAAGCAUGCCUCCCAUAUGCGCAUGAACAUCGAGGAGGUUUCGUUCAUGCGCUACUACAGCCUUGAUAACAUGCUGAUGCUGGGCCUCCGCUUCGGGUUCAUCGCUGUCUUUGUGAUCUUUUUGGGUUUUAGGCUGGUCAAGAUAAAUCAAGGAAGACAGCGACUAAUACAUUACUGAGAGUAUAUAUUUUUUUAGAUGUAUGUCUGUAAGUGGUUGUGAUAGCGGGACUGUGAAUUCCCCAAUAAUAUUUUAUUACUAAUCGAAAUAAAUGCGUGACGGCAAUGCAA